GGACGAAUCGUAUUUUCUCGUUUUGGGCAGAAGAGUUUGUUCCCGUUCUCUGAACCUUCGGUGCCGCCGGUGGGCGAGGACUGCGUGGACGCCGCGAGGCAGAAUCCGGACGAGAUCGGGGCCACGGACUUGAACUUCCUCAUGGUGCUCGGCAGGGGGUCCUUCAGCAAGGUGAUGCUGGCGGAGAGGAAGGGGACGGAGGAGUUGUUCGCGAUCAAGAUCCGGAGAAAGGACAUCUUCAUGAAGGAGGACCUUGUGAAAUGCGCGAUGAUCGAGAAACGCGUCCAUGCCCUUCCAAAUAAACCCCCUUUCCUCGUCCAAUUACAUUCCUGCUUCCAGACCAAGAUCAUCCUGCAGCAACCGUAUGGGAAGUCAGUGGACUGGUGGGCAUACGGAGUUCUAUUGUACGAGAUGCUAGUGGGGGAAGCCCCAUUUGACGGAGAGAAUGAGGUGCUCUUCGCAGCCAUCACCGACCAACCCGUCUCCUAUCCCAAGUUCCUCUCUAAGGAGGCCAAGGAUGCCUGCAAGGGGUUCCUGACAAAGAAUACCUCAAAGCGACUCGGCUGCGGGCCAAAGGGAGAGGAGGAUGUGAGGAAUCACCCGUUCUUUCGUCCCAUCGACUGGGAAACGCUCGAGAGCCGGGAAGUGCAGCCCCCUUUCCAGCCUAAGAUUAAAAACCCGCGAUCGGGUGAGAACUUCGACCCGAUCUUCACCCACUCCACGAUGAAGAUGUCACCAGUGGACGAAUGCGUGAUUCGCGACAUCACCGAGGACAUCUUUCAGGGAUUCUCGUUUGUGAACCCUUCCUACGCCCCCAUCCAUGCCGAGGCGCCUCUUGGACACUGA